AGUUUGCCCAUCUGACAGUUUAGCAAGAGGACGUGCUAUAGACCCAAAACAGACUGAAGAUGCUGAUUCUGAUGUGGAUUACAGUGUUGUCUUUUAAUUACACAGGUUCCGCACAGAGAAGUGAUAUAAAUCAGCUGACAUCAGUAAUCACUGCUGAUGUUGGUGAGGACGUGACUCUGCACUGCUUUCGACUGGGAGAGGAUAACACUGGUUCCAUUGUUUGGUACAAGCAAAAAGUGGGACACGAGCCUCGUGCAGUGGUCACAUUUGAUCAUGUUCCCCUUUAUGAAAAUCAGUUCAAGUCAGGAAGAUUCAGCAUCAAGAAAGAAACAAGGGGUGUCCAUUUAAAUAUUGCUAAUGUGGAACCGUCAGAUGAAGCCAUGUAUUACUGUGGUGUACUAAGAUUUUUACCAGUCUUUGGAAAAGGAACAUUUUUAUCAGUAAAAGGUGAUGGAGAUGUAAAAGUGUCAGUGAUCCAGAGCGGCGUAUCGGACUCGGUUCCUGCAGGAGCGUCAGUGACUCUGCAGUGCUCGGUUCUCUCUGAGAGAAGAUCAGCAGAUCUCCAAGUGCUCUGGUUCAGAGCUGCUCCACCACAAUCCCAUCCUCAAAUCAUUUACACUCAUCACAACAGCAGCCAUCAGUGUGAGAGCGGCUCUUCUACACACACCUGUGUGUACAACUUCUCCAAGAACAUCCUCAGCCUCAGUGAUACUGGAACUUACUACUGCGCUGUGGCCGUGUGUGGGAAGAUCAUUUUUGGGAACGGGACACGAGUACAGUCGGGUAAGAACACAUUCACUGACCAACAUUUCGGGGAAUUAUUUCCUACUUAUUCUAUAAUGAUCUGCCUUGCUGUAGCUUUGGCACUGUGUGUGGUGGUGAUCUAUUUUCAAAUUAUUUUGAGCUGUAUAAAACAAAAAUUGGACCAAAAUAGAGUGGAAAUUUCACAAGGUUCAAUUAUAGAGAAAACACAAAAUCAGGACCCCAAUGCUGUGGAGCUGACUUAUACUGCGAUAAAUUUCAAUGAAAGGAAAACUAAAAGUGGAAGAGCAAAAAGAGAACAGAAUUCUCAAAAUUCUGUUUAUUCUGAAGUGAUACACACUCCUGCUACUUAGAUCACUGUUAAUUUUUCAUUAUUAAUCCAUGUAACAGAUACCUACUGUAUGUCUGCUCAUAGUAAAUAUUUAAGUAAAUAUUUAUUUGAGCCAAAUCAUUGUAGACACAUUCAGUAUCUUGUAAAAUUGGCAUAAUGGUUUGUGAAUGUAUUUUUUAAAAUGAUUUUAUAACCAAUGCCUAGUUUUAUAGACUCUAUCAAGUGUUGUGGUCUGUUAAUUUAUCUUUUAUUGUUUUGUACACUGUAUUCUGGUUAUGUUUUAGCUCUCGGUAAGAAUGUUGUAAUAGCCCAGUCUAGACGUAUGUUAUAAAGCAUGUGAUAGUCUCUCAGGGUGAUGGUAAUGUGUGACAUAUGACAAAAAAUAUUGGAGGUCCAAUGAACCAACAAUUUGGAUUGAUGCAUCAAUUUAAAAGGCACAGAUUUUAAUUAUUCAAGGCAACAGUCACAGUCCUAAACAUUAUUAUUAUUAUUAUUAUUAUUAUUAUUAUUAUUAUUA